CGUCGCCAAUAUUCGGACGGUUCGCCGGGGACGGGACGGAAUCACGGAAACCCCUCUGGCCCUCUCCAAUUCCAAGGGCCGCCGCGUCCUCUCCGCUCCGUCCCACCUCGCAGUGCCUCCCCACCGCCCCUCCCGUCCGCGCCGGCCGGCCUCGCCCCGAUCCAGAUCCAGGCUUCAAACUAAUCAGUACACUGCCACCAUGGUUCUGGAUUCAUUAUCAUCUCCUCACCGGAGGUCCCAGAACACAUUCUUUGUGUCAUCCACAAAAAAGCCUCAGUCAUCUCGGGAUGACAGUUGGUCUGCAUUGGUUGAGCGGCACCGGUUCCUCUUGACAACGCUUGUUGUGCUUGCCUUCCUGUGCACCAUCUAUCUGUACUUCGCAGUAACCUUGGGGGCAUCAGAUGCUUGCGCUGGAUUGACAGGGGCGGAGAGGAUUGAGUGCCAGGCAAAAUCCGCUCUGCAACAUGGAAAGUUGAAAUUCCUCUGACGCUGAGUUGUUUUGAGACUCAUUGGUGAAGACCAAAAUAUUGAGUUUUAUAUGCGCUCUGGUCACAGGUCUUAUUCUUCAUACCUUGAAUCUGUAUAUUUUGGGUGGUGGGUGGUGUGUAUUCACGCUCAUGUACUUGGACUGCGAGAUUUACUGUACACCCCUAGAGGCAACAAAUCUAAAAGUGAUAGUGUUGAGUUAUGGAAACGUUAUGAUGAAAGUAGGUCACCAUAUUAUUCUUUUACCAUGAUGUACCAAAAACAUCAUGGCGCCAUUAUUCAUCAAGGAUAUCUUGAUAUUGUCUCCCUUAUGACAUGUAACUCGAAAUUAAUUUGAAACUGUGCUUCCUGAGUACUUGUUGA